AUGGUCGGGCUGCACCCGUCGUGCGGGCUCGAGACGCAGCCGGAGUGGGUCGUCUUCAACGAGUUCGUGCUGACGACGCGGCCGUACAUCCGGACGGUCACCGACGUCCGGCCCGAGUGGCUGUUGGAGUACGCGACGAACUACUACGAUCUGUCGACGCUCCCGGACGGAGAGACGAAGCGGGCGCUGCAGCGGGUGGUGAACAAGCGCUCGAGGAAGGGGAUCGACGGGGGCGGCGUGAACGGCGGCGGCGGCGGCAAGGGCGACGACGACCGGCCGAGGAAGAAGAUCAGGCAGCGUUGA